AGGCAGCGCUUUACAAAGCAAGGAAAUCAUUCUUUUACACUGGUUUCAGGCGAGAGAUUCUUCCAAUUCUUUUCUGAUCGUUAGCCCUAACCCAAAGGAAGCCUCACGUCAGCGUUACGACUGAGGAAAGUUCAGAACCGAGAGCAUUCCCACAACCCAAAACAGAAGAGCAACCUCAAAGGCAAAGGCAGCACCAAAGGAGUGACAACAUUGAUAAAAGUUGUUAAUAAGCUUCUGAUUAAACAAAGGCUGAUUGAGAUCACAUUGAGUGUCAGACCAGCUAUCGGUCAGUGUGGCACUAUCAAGAAUCAAGAAAAAAGGAGAAUCAUAAAAGUUGCUAGCUAGUUGCUGAGGGGUAUCUCAACUCCGAAUCUAUUUCACCUUUGAUCCAUCGAAUUCGAUAAACGCAGCAAGGAGAUGACAUCCACAAUUUCCAAAGUCGCAAGCGUUGUGAGCCGAAGGGCCCUCCAGACCGCAUCUCCGGCCACAAUUCUAAGUAGAAGAAUAGGCCCUCAACUCCUUUUGCAGCGUCAGGCACCGACAAGCACUCGUGGCUUCUCGACUGCUGCUGCCGCUAUGCACGAGGAUGAACCCGUCAAGAAGAAACCUGCCAAGUCCAAGCGACGAAGAACUCUUCAAGCAAAGGAUCCCAUCAUUGUGACGGAACGAGCAGCAGACCGUAUCAAGGAGUUGCUUAGUGGAGAAAGUGCCGAAGGAUCUAUUGGGAUCAUUCUUGGGGUGAAACGACGCGGAUGCAAUGGCUUGUCGUACACACUAAACUAUGCCUUUGAAGAACCCAAAGAUGCCAGCACUCCCAUGACCAGCCACGGCAUUAAUGUUUUCAUCGAACCCAUGGCUCUCUUCAGUGUGGUUGGGACAACGAUGGAUUAUGAAACCAACGAAUUGACCAGCGAAUUCACAUUCAACAAUCCAAAUUCUAAAGGAGAAUGUGGAUGUGGAGAGUCCUUUAAUGUGUGAUUUGACUAUGCGGAUGCUGUCCUCCAAUGGCAAAGAGUAGAAUUAAUUUUUUCACUAAUAGAACACUUAUGGAAUACUGU